CCAGCCAGACUCAACUGUUCCACAUGUGCAACCUACUAUUCUCACCCAGAGAUGCUUUCCGUGAGCAGACUGAUAAUAAGACAGGAAAAGAGUGUAGGGGGUCAAUUGGAAACAGUUUCAGUGUGACAGGAACAGGAAGUGGUGAACAGAGCGAGCUACCCGGUAAAACAUGAGGCUUUUUUGUUCCUCUCUCUUGACACUGCCUGUGCAUCAUCUCAGCCUUUCCAAAGAUAUAGAGUCAUUAAGUUCUGCUAUGUUUUUAACUUAAAUCGAGAGGGAGUAUCCUCAGCACUGUCCUGUCUGGUACCUGUUUGAUUGUUUGGAGGCAAAAUGACACAAAACGGUGCUGAGAGUCGGACUGCUAAUGGUACCAUGAAAAAGGGAGACCAACUUAAAAUUGUGAUAGUGGGAGAUGGAGGCUGUGGGAAGACAUCUCUUCUGUUGGUUUAUGCUAAAGGUGAUUUUCCUGAGAAUUAUGCACCGUCAGUGUUCGAAAAGUAUGUCACCACUAUCUCUCUGGGAAGAAAAGAGAUAAAGCUCAACCUGUAUGACACGGCUGGACAGGAAGACUAUGACAGACUACGUCCGCUUUCAUAUCAAGAAGCCGAUCUGAUUCUAGUCUGCUUUGAUGUGACCAACCCAACCAGCUUUGAGAAUGUCCUGAUAAAGUGGCACCCAGAGGUGAAGCACUUCUGCAGAGACACUCCGGUCAUCCUGAUUGGCUGCAAGACUGACCUCAGGAAGGAUAAAGAGUGUGCCAGGAAACUCAAGGCCCUGAACCAGGAGCCCAUCACUUACACACAGGGUGAGGAGACCCGGCAGCAGAUGAACGCGGAACUCUACCUCGAAUGUUCGGCGAAGUAUCAGGAGAACGUGGACGACCUUUUCAGGGAGGCAACCAAAAGAACUUUGGAGUUCAAUCGAAAACAAAAGAACUACAGGAGGAAGAAGAAAUGUGUAGUUUUGUGAAGUCAAAAGAACUGAUUCUUGAGGACUCCACUGGCUUUUCUUUUUUCUUUUUUUGGGAAAACCAUUUUUACAUGCAGAGUGGUUGGACAUUCAGAGGCUAAAGAUGCUUGGCGUCAUAGUGUGGAAACAACUGCAUGAGCACUGGUUCAGAAAGCACUCACCAGUUCCACGUAAGUUUGGGCCUCACCGUAGCAAGAAACAAACUAUUGACGUAACAGGAAAGAACAUUUUUGCAAGAAGCAGCAGGUUUGUAUGCAACUUGAAAUGCCUUCCAUCAAUGUAUUUUUACUUUUGAAUGAGAUUAUUUUAGUACUUUUAUAUAUUUUUGAUAGAAAGCUUUGUACUGUUUCCAAACCUGUGUUGUAUUGAAAUGUACAUCUAUAAGUGGAAUUUGAACCGCAAGUUCUUGUUCUGUCAACUCUGACUUGUUAUGAAAUUGUCAUUAUUUCGACUAUUCAAAAGUCUGAAUCUGGCUUAAAAGCUGCAAGUAGAUAACAGAUACCGAGACAGAAUAUAUGAACAUAUCGUUGUACUUUAGCUUUAACAGUCUUGAGUAAAAAAAAACACCCAACAGGAUUAGUUAAUUUCCAGUAAAACAAAACACUGAACUAGAAUCUGUUUUGAAGCUGUGUCAACCUGAAGCAGGGCUCCUUUCUUUACCAACAGCGCCCACUAGUGUCGGAAAAAUAAAUGUGUGCAAUGGCUGAACAACUGAGGUAUUACCACCUUGAACUGUAAAUAAAUACAAUGUAUUUCUGUCCUAUUGCACAAGAACCACAGAAAUGGCAAAACAAUUUAAUUAGGUGUUUAAUUAUUAAUAUAUAUUUUUUGUACAACAAUGUACACAGAUUGGGAAAUUGUCAACUGUCUCUUGUUACUGAUCAUACUCAGGCACCAGUUACGGUUACAGAAAUGAACCAUGAAAACAUUGUUCAACAUCAGCUACAUCAUAAAAAUGAGGAAAUCAAGUGGUUUUGUGUGUUCUGGCAGCUCUCGCAUCAAAUGUAACAUUUUGGUCUGUAACUCGAUGUGUUUCAAUUUUCCCUCAAUAAAAGUGAUAUAUAAAUUAUUGUGAUUACUUUCUGGUAAAUGACAAAGAAACGGUACCUUCUUUGGAUUUUUUAAAAUAAAAGUAAUUUGCUGUGACAGGCUGCAGGAAGAAUAAGGCAUUAGAUAUCCGACACCACUGAAAAACAAAAAGACUAUACUUUAAAACAAACAUGAGAACCAGAUGCCACUACAGUAAACAAGAGCAAAAGCUCCAGGUUUGGCCAUAAUUAAUUUAUACAAAUAUUUUAUUUAGUAUGUUGAUUGAAAUUAGAGAAAACAAUAACCCAGCACAUUUUUAGUAACCAUUCUGUGUCUUGGUCUUACAGUACCAGCACUAAUAGCAGCAUUUGAUCAUAAUACUUUUCUGCAACAUCACAUAACAAGAUGGGAACUACCAGCAUGUUCUUUGUUUUAGCACAGUAAUGAAAGAUCUCGGUGCUUGGCCAUUGAUAAAUUGUGUAAGAAAUUGGAAGGAAGAGUUAGACCAUUAGUGAAACAUAUAAACAUGGAAUUACAAUUAAUUAGUAUUAAACUAAUGACAACAUUAAAGUGUAACCAUUAGGAAGGAGUACACAUGAAAACCCUCCUCGAUCCUCACUGGGAACAACAGUUUUUCGUAGAGACAGUACACGUUUUUAGAUCUGUAUACAGGUGACUCAGCCAUAUAACCCAGUUUAGGCGUUAAAUGUUAAAAAAAAAGAAGAAAAAAAUAAUAAUAAUAAAGUUAUGGCUUUUGCAACUGCUGCCAGAAGGAAGAAACAGUGUUGCAUUCCCUUGAAGUCUUGACUCUUUUGAGGAACUAGGAAAACAACAAAAAACACCAGAAGUCUUUUCUGACAUUGAAGGGCAGUCAAGUAUCAGGUUUUUGUUUUUUUGAAGUUGUCGAUCUACAAGUCUUGUAACAAAAUACUUGUUAGCAGUGAUAUAGCACAACAGGGAGUUCAUAACUACACAUAAAACAUUACAUUAUUCUAGAAAGGAAGUGCAGUGCCAAGUUGAUCAUGUCCAAUUUAGUUUGAGCCAGAGACAGUUUGACCGGUGUCACUUCACAGAGUUAUGAUGGACUGACAGACGUUAGCUCUUCAAAAGGCAAACUUUAUUCUGUUCUGUUGAUCGACGCUACCUGCCCUCUUUUAGUUGCAUAUGAUUUAA